AUGCGCGCCGCGCGCGGUCAAAACUCAGGCGCGUCGGACGAGGGAGCGCGCGCUCGCCGCUACUCACAUAGGUCCAGCCAGCGCCGUCGUAGCAGUAGAUGCCGCGCUAUGCACGCUACAAAGGCCGCGCCAGAUCAGCGAUCGCGAGUCGUCAUCGCCAACAGCGCGGUCGAGCGCUCACCUCAAAAGCAACGUCGACGUCGACGUCCUCACACCCAGAUCGAUGAACCUCACCCGAGCGCGCCGCCUCGCCCCACGCCUGCCCUCUCCAAUCCCACGCGCGCAUCACGCAUCACGCAUCACGUGCCCCUCGCACGCUAUAAAAACCCGCCCGCCCCGCACCCUCCCGUCCCCCAACUCAUUUCACGGGACGCGCCUUAUUGUCCCCCCGCGCGCAGCUCGCAUCGCGCAGGGGCCUACUGCACGUCCCAGACCAACGGCUAG